CCCAGAGUGGGUUGUCGCCCUCGUCGACGCUGGAGCAGGAGCCGGCGGAGAUCAUCACGGAGGAGAACGUCUCCGGGCGGGCGAGCGAGAAGAUCUCCUGCUCGGCGGUGACGGAGGACGAGGAGGGAACGGAGGACGACGACCCGGACAAGUCGCAGGGCGUCCGGGCGACGGCCGUCCUCACGCUGGCCGCCUCCACGGGGACGGUCGCCAUCCUCGGCACCACCGCCCAGCCGCUCCCCACCGACCUCUCCGACACCACCCUCAACACCGUCCAGAACCUCGAGAUCGAGGACUCGCACAUCAACCACCUGGACCACACCCACGAGCGGCACAUACCCCUCAAGGACAGCAUCGACCUCGACGACAAGCACCAAGAG